AGAGUGUUUCUGGUGGAGCUGGAAGGCCGCUCUUACAGAUGCAGAUACUGCCAUACACCCCUUGCCUUUGCUGACGAUGUCCUCUCUCGGUCAUUCAAUUGCGGUCAUGGGAGGGCAUACCUUUUCAACAAUGCUGAACCAAACACUACCUGAUAGUGUGAUGCACGGGCAUGCGAGGACAACCACAUGUUCACGUACCCUCAGCCUACACUCCUCUUUCAAACACCAGUCUUGCUAAAGUUUUCCACUUCUGUUAUUCUCUCUCUCAAAUCCAGCUGCGUGUCCCAAUCCAGGCAUGACAUUUUUGGUACAAACAGUAACAGUGGCAUCGUUGGACCUAUGGAGGAAAGGGUGAUGCUUACUGGAAAGCAUACUGUUUGUGACAUAUUUUGCUGCUGUUGUGGACAAAUUCUUGGCUGGAAAUAUGUGGCAGCAUCUGACAAUACCCAUAAAUACAAGGAAGGGAAAUUUGUUCUUGAGAGAUGGAGGAUAGCAGAGGAGUUCACCGAUGAAGUCAACCUGGAUGCUCGGCCGAGUUCAAGUGAUGCAGAGAAUGCUUAGUAACUUUCUGUUUGUGAAGUAAGUAAUCUAUAAAAGGCCAGAAACUGUAAGAGCUAAUUAUGCUUUUAUGUAACCUUUGAACAGUUUGGUUACAUAUGUAGAUUAUAUGUACAUAUUUUGUAUAUAUCUUAGGGACUUGGAAGCCAAAUUGAGUAGCAAAACUUGCAUGGAUAUAUAGUUAUGGAUCUUGAAAAGUAAUUCAAAAAAUUAUCCAAAAUAAAGUGUGUGAAUUAGAUUCAAAA